ACCGGACCUAUUUUUGUUCUCUGUUUACUCCGGUUAAAAUUGAUAAAUCGGUGCGGCGAAGAGAGAGAGAGAGAGAGAGACGAAGGCGAUGAUGAUGUUAAACCCUAGCAAUGGCGGAAUCGAGGGAGAGAAGAUGAAGAAGAAGGCGAAGGUGGUUGUGAUAAUGGGUCCAACAGGUUCUGGGAAAUCAAAGCUUGCCGUUGAUUUGGCGUCUCACUUUCCGGUGGAGAUUAUUAACGCCGACGCAAUGCAGAUAUACUCUGGUCUCGACGUUCUCACCAAUAAAGUCACCGUCGAUGAACAAAAAGGAGUGCCUCAUCAUUUACUUGGGACGGUGAGCUCAGAUAUGGAGUUCACAGCUAGGGAUUUUCGAGACUUCACUGUUCCUCUUAUUGAGGAGAUCGUUUCUCGCAAUCACAUUCCAGUUCUUGUUGGAGGAACACAUUAUUAUAUACAGGCUGUUGUAAGUAAAUUUCUUCUUGACGAUGCAGCAGAGGAUACCGAGGAGUGUUGUGCAGAUGUUGCUUCAGUGGUUGACCAGGACAUGGUUGUUGAGUCUGUCUUUGGGAGAGAUGAUUUGAGCCAUGGCUAUGAACUUCUUAAAGAGCUUGAUCCUGUGGCAGCUAACAGAAUUCACCCCAAUAAUCACAGAAAAAUUAAUCAAUACCUUAGCUUGCAUGCUAGUAGAGGAGUUCUUCCAAGCAAGCUAUAUCAGGGAAAGACUGCAGAGAACUGGGGCUGCAUCAAUGCAUCUCGUUUUGAUUACUGUUUGAUAUGCAUGGACGCUGAAACUGCAGUACUGGACAGAUAUGUUGAACAAAGAGUAGAUGCUAUGGUAGAUGCUGGACUACUUGAUGAAGUAUAUGACAUCUACAAACCAGGAGCCGACUAUACUAGAGGCCUAAGGCAAUCCAUAGGUGUCAGAGAGUUUGAAGAUUUCCUGAAAAUACAUCUCUCGGAGACAUGUGCUGGUCAUUUAACAAGCUUAAGUAACGAUGAUAAGGUUAUGAAGGAGAAUCUGAGGAAGAUUCUGAAUUUUCCAAAAGAUGAUAAGUUGAGGAUUAUGUUAGAGGAAGCAAUUGAUAGGGUGAAGUUAAAUACCAGAAGGCUCCUUCGUCGUCAAAAAAGGAGAGUUAGUCGGCUAGAAACGGUCUUUGGCUGGAAUAUUCAUUACAUUGAUGCAACAGAGUACAUAUUAAGCAAAUCUGAAGAAUCAUGGAAUGCGCAAGUGGUUAAACCUGCUUCAGAGAUCAUCAGGUGUUUCCUGGAGACAGAAACCGAAUCGGGUCGGGAUCCAACUUCAGGAAAGUCCAUUGAAAGAGAUCUAUGGACUCAAUAUGUUUGCGAGGCUUGUGGAAACAAGAUACUAAGAGGAAGACACGAGUGGGAACAUCACAAACAAGGCCGUACGCAUCGUAAGAGAACCACUCGACACAAAAACUCCCAAACUUACAAAAACAGAGAAGUUCAAGAAGCAGAAGUAAAUUGAUUUAUAUAUCAAAGUGUGACAUUUGAAUUCAAAUAGCUCAUGAAAAGGUUAUAAUGUCAAAGAUUGGACCCAUCCCAUCAAAACACAUUAACGAUUUUUUGCAUUUCCAAAUUUUCCAGUCACAACAGUUUCUUGAUAGAAUAAUACUCUAUUGAAGCCAAAAUAACUUAUUGCCCA